AUGACAACCAAAUUGUCUCCAAGUGAUUUGGAAAGAAAUCGUUUAGGUUAUGCUAACGAAGACACAUUGGAAGUGUUCGCUAUUGAUACUUUAGUAAGCACAGAUUGGAGAACUCUAAUUAUAGAGUAUCUUAAACAUCCUUGGUUGAACACAGAUAGAAAAUCCAAGUAUAGAGCUUUCUCUUACAUUUUGAUGGGAAACGAAUUAUUCAAGAAAACUCCUGAAGGCAUCUUAUUAAAAUGUUUGGGAAAAAAUGUGGCGUACUUGGAAAUAUCUAGUGUUCAUAGUGGAACAUGUGGGGCACAUCAAGCAGGCCAUAAAAUGAAAUGGGUACUUUUUAGAUACGGGAUGUAUUGGCCUACCAUGCUAAAGGAUUGUAUAGAGUUCGCCAAAGGCUGUGAAGAAUGUCAAAUACAUGCAGGAAUCCAACAUGCUCAUGCGAGUGAGCUUCAUGCAAUUAUCAAACCCUGA